UCCCCUAAAGUGGCGAUGAAGGUCAAACAUGUGGAGGCGGAAGCCUGGACGCCUGAGAUAAAGCCCGCCCAGGCCCAAGCAUCCUCCCCCAGCGCAGUUCGUUGCCCUGUGCGCCUCCCACCAUCACACUCAGACUCCAUUACUCCUCUUAGAGCAGGGAAGGUGCUCCAACCCAGCUCCAGCCCAACCGGGACCAUGUUUUGGACUCUACGAGCGACCCUGGGCCUCGUGCUGCUGCUCCGCCUCACCGCUGCUCACGUUUUCCUGGACGGCAGGGCGGCCAACCAGGUGCUGACCCGACUGAGACGGGCCAACAGCUUUCUGGAGGAGCUCAAACAAGGCAACAUGGAGAGGGAGUGCAGGGAGGAGCGCUGCAGCUGGGAGGAGGCGCGGGAGAUCUUUGAAGAUAAGCAGAAAACUGAUGAGUUCUGGGCCGUAUAUAUAGAUGGAGACGCCUGCCUGUCGAACCCGUGUGCUCAUGGCGGCCAGUGCAAAGACGCGAUUGGAAGCUACACCUGCUACUGCAAAGAGGGAUACAAGGGCUUCAACUGUGAAAUCGUCAUCCCGAAGCUCUGCGAGAACGACAACGGUGGCUGCGAUCACUUCUGCCGUGUCGAAAAGAAUAACGUUGAGUGCUCCUGCGCUGACGGAUACUUCCUGGCUCCAGAUCGAAGGUCCUGCCUCUCCAACGAACCUUUCAAAUGCGGCGCCAUCGUCACCAACAAGGUCCGGUCGCUGCUGGGCUCCGUGGACCAGAACACAGAAGAAGAGAAAAGCCCGCAGCCAAACACAACGGACCAUCAGAACCUCGCCGACUUCAUGGAUCUGUUCUGGUCUGGAAACUUCAGCGGCCAGGUUCCGCCUCCUAGAACCUUCUCAGAAGACAUGGACAUCAGCGACAGGGCAGCAAAUGUUCGGAUAGUGGACGGAGAGGACUGUCCUCCAGGGGAGUGUCCAUGGCAGGCUCUCCUGAUCAACGAGGACAACAUCGGGUUCUGUGGGGGAACGGUUCUAACCGAGUACAUCAUCCUGACCGCCGCCCACUGCAUGAACCAGUCCCGCUACUUCGUCGUCAAACUGGGCGAGCACAACACCACGCAGAACACCAAUCGGGAAGUGACGCACCAGGUGCAAACCAUCGUCGCCCACUCCAAGUACAACCCGCAAAGCUACCACAACGACAUCGCCCUGGUGCAGCUGGCCUCGCCCAUCAGCUUCACCAAGUACAUCGUUCCCGCCUGCAUCCCGGAGCCCCACUUCGCAGAAAAUGUCCUGAUGCGCCAACCGGACGGCCUGGUCAGCGGCUUCGGACGUCUGGGCGAGGGUCGGGAGACGUCCACCGUCCUCCAACGUCUCUCUGUGCCCUACGUGGAUCGGCAAACCUGCAUCGAAUCCACCCAGCUGCACAUCUCCAUGCGCAUGUUCUGCGCCGGCUACGACACCAUCGCCAAGGACGCCUGCCAGGGCGACAGCGGCGGCCCGCACGUCACGCGGUACCAUGACACCUACUUCAUCACCGGCGUGGUGAGCUGGGGCGAAGGCUGCGCCCGCAAAGGGAAGUACGGCGUCUACACGCAGGUGUCGAAAUACAUCAAAUGGAUCCGAGAGGGGAUCAAGAUGCUGACGCCCAUCCCAGGAAACCGGCCGAAGAGGCACCGCGGCGGCAUCAGAAGGAUGUACCUGUAAGGCCGCCGGAACCGGCCAGAACCGGCCAGAACCGGCCGCUCAUUGUAGGCCUUGUGUAAUCACAAACAGACCUUAGCAGGUCCAGGUAUUCUGUGUCCUUAAUUUUCUGUGUUGUUUUAGCUGUAAUGCUAAUUUCUUUGAUAUUUUUGGUAAGACAAAACCUGACAUUUGAGGAAAGAUGUUUUGUUUUCUCAUCUGGUAAAAGUGCCCAUAAACGCCUCUUCUUGGUGCACACCCCCGCCCAAGUCUGCAGCAAUAGUGUUUCAGUCGCACACAGACGAUGAAACAUGCAAACUUUGCCAAUAAAAACUUGUAUCUUUUACAAUCACCAUGUAAAAGUUAGCUGGGCAGCGUCAUUAAACACCUGGGAAAUAAUAAA